GCCAGCGCGCUCAUCCAUUUUCAAGGCGGAGAAGAGGAGGAAGAGCACAUCGAUUGGUUCUGAUGAUAGUAUGGAUUCGGCGCGCAGCAAACAAGGUACCACUCUCCUGUUCCUUGCAGCGCCAUUGGUGCUGUUAGCAUUUGUAGCAGUGCCGUCCCUGGCCUUCGAUGUGCCCACUGGCACUGGCUAUAUUUUCUUCAAUGAUCCGGCUCGAGCUACCCAAAACUCUGAGAACCAGGACGAUUAUGGCGCUACCACGAGAAUGACAGGUUUCUUUAGUGGCGUCUACAACCUUGGCUUUGUCAACUCUACUCCAGAUCGCUACACACUCGCAGUGCUCAUGAACGUCGACUCGGGUUUUCCAACCACGCAGAGGAUCAUCUGGGAGGCAAACCGGGAAGAUCCAGUCGGACUCAACGCCACGCUCUCUCUCGCCUCGGACGGUGAUCUCGUGCUGAGAGAUCGCGACGGGAGGCUGGUGUGGUCGACUGGAACAGCAAACAGGGGAGCUACCCGGGUGGAAGUUGUGCGAGAGACUGGGAACUUGGUGGUGUUUCGCAACAACACCAUCUUGUGGCAAAGCUUCGAUCGUCCCACAGAUACUUUGAUGGCUGGCCAAGUCCUUCGACCGGGAAUGAGGCUCCAGAGCCGGAGGAGCAGGACCGAUCCCUCUCCAGGAUUCUACUCUCUAGUUAUGGAACCCGGUGGUCUGGUUCUCUACUCCAACUUCUCGGGGACUCGUCAAGAGCCUUACUGGAUUCGAGGAUACCAUGGAGUUGACACUCUGACAGCUGCUCGACAGGCUUGUGACUCGCUCGCAGCGGCGGUUCUCAAUGGAGAUGGUUUGAAUCUAGUGCUCAACAUGAUGCUUAGCAACGACACGGCUCCGUCCGGAACGAGGUCUCAAGCUCUGUGUGGCUUGAAUGCAACGGGAGGUCUUCUGCUCACGAGAUCAUCGGCAAACACUCCACGUAACCAGUCGUUCAUCCGGCUUGAGUUUGACGGGGAUCUUCACGCGUAUACUCUGGAGAGUUUGCUCGUAUGGUCGGAUAGUUACAAUCUUCUCGCGAGGAAUGACUCGUGCUUGCUGCCUCAGCGGUGCCAGCCUUUUGGAAUUUGCUCGAGCAGCGCUUGUGUCGGGUGCUUGAACUCGGACGGAACCACGGCUGGCUGGACAGACACUUGCUCCGCUCCGGCAGUGGAGUCUUGCAGCGACAUCGAAUCUCUCGAGUUCGUUCCAGUUCCUGGAGUGGAACACUUCUCCAGCAAGUAUGUAAAUGGUUCGCAAGUCACCAUCGACGAGUGCCGCGGCAGGUGCUUGAGGAACUGCUCGUGCUCGGCAUUUUUCUUCUGGGAAGAAUCCAACUCGUGCUUCACGGUCGACAAUACGGGCACCCUCCAGCGAGUUUCCACUCAAUCUCACGUUGGUUAUAUCAAGGCGACGAGAAUAGCAGGGACAACAAGCUCCAAGCUCUCGGCUGGAGUCAUUGCCGGGAUCGUCGUCUCGGUUCUUGGAACCCUCUUGCUCGUCGUCCUGGUGUUUCUCUGGAUCAGGAGACGGCGGACGAGCAUUAAAGCAGCCGUGGACUACGACAGUGACAACUUCCUCGAGUCGAUCGAGAACUUGAGGCCGAUGCGUUUCUCCCUCUCGGCUCUCGGGCGGAUCACCGGCAACUUUAGCAAGCUCCUCGGCACUGGAGGCUUUGGUGGUGUGUACGAGGGAACUCUUCCAGACGGUAGAACGGUGGCAGUGAAGAAGCUCGAAGGCACGGGACAGGGAAAGAAGGAAUUCUACGCAGAGGUGGCAGUGCUGGGAAGUCUCCAUCACUGGAACCUGGUAAAGCUGCUCGGGUUUUGCUCGGAGGGAUCAAACAGGCUCCUCGUCUACGAGCACAUGACGAAUGGAUCGCUGGACAAGUGGAUUUACCAGGACUCCGAGAAGAACUUGAUGGUGCUAGGCUGGAAGCAACGCAUAGAGAUCGUGCUGGGGAUGGCGAGAGGCCUUGCGUACCUUCACGAAGAAUGCAUGCAAAGGAUCAUCCAUCUCGACAUCAAGCCGCAGAACAUACUCCUGGACAAGUCUUUCGUGGCUAAAGUCGCGGACUUUGGACUCUCCAGGCUCAUGUCUCGCGACCAAAGCUACGUGAUGACGACGAUGCGAGGGACUCCAGGAUACCUGGCUCCGGAGUGGCUGCUCGAGGCUUCCAUCACCGAGAAGAGCGACGUUUACAGCUUUGGAGUGGUGCUGCUGGAGGUGAUCAGCGGGCGGAAGUGCUUCUCGCGGGUCUCGGAGACGGAGAAGUUUUAUCUACCAAGCUUUUGCUUGGAGCUGGUCCAGCAAGGCAGGGACAUGGACGUGGUCGAUCCCAGGAUCUCUAGCCAGGCGGACGAGGGGGAAGUCGUGAGAGCUAUCAGGAUCGCUUUCCUGUGCCUGCAAGAGAAUGCGAGCGCGAGGCCGUCCAUGGGCAGCGUUGUCCAAAUGCUCGAAGGCUCCUCGACCGUGGACAGCAAAGUCCCCGUCGAAGGCCUGUUCUUCGCGUCCAAAGGGGAGCUUCGCCUCGACCUCAACAGUGGCUCCUCCUCCUCUACCGCUACUUCCAAGAAUUUCUUUUUGGACACCGACACUGUGUCUGCGAGAUGAGAUUUGUUGUCAAUUCUUUAAUGAAGUUUCAAACCUUUGUGAU